AUGAAAACAUCUCUUGUUUCCCUGGGAGCUCUCCCUGUUGCUCUCGGCCUUCCCAGCUUCGCUAAUAUUGGUCAUGACUCCCCUAUCGCAUUCACUUCCUCACCAAAGUUGUCCAAGUUCGACAUCGAUAGUCCGUCACUAUUGAAGCCCAACCACUUGACAUGGGCACCACCAAGUGCUGGAAAUCUGCGGGCCCCUUGUCCAGGUUUAAACACUCUUGCCAACCAUGGCUUCAUCCCUCACGACGGUCGGAAUAUCACGUCUGAAAUCGUUCAAAAGGGCUUUAAAGAUGCCAUGAAUAUCGAUGAGGCUUUGUCUGCAGCAGCUUUCAAGCCAGCCUUGGAGUUGAACCCCGGCGCGUCCUUCAUUAACCUGGAUAUGCUCCAUAAGCAUAACUUCAUAGAGCACGACGGCAGUCUGUCCCGCCGCGACAUGUACUUUGAUCCAUCCAACCGCUUCGACAAGGAAACAUUCGACACGUUCAUUGGGUAUUUCGGAGGGGCGACGACAAUGAACAUCACAACAAUCGCCAACGCCCGAGCCAGGCAUGCGCUGGAGAUGAGCCGGGUGAAUCCAAACUUCACACUCCCCGAGUCCGCGAUCCCAGCAGCGACGGGCGAGUGUGCCUUUUUGCUUACCAUAUUUGGAUCUCCUGGAAAUCCGGUGGCGAAUAGAUCAUACGUGGAGUUCUUUUUCCGCAAUGAACGGUUGCCGGUUGAGCUUGGAUGGGCUCCAGUCGACACUCCCAUCACUCUCUCGCCCACUAUACAGCAGAUCGCCAACGAAAUCGUUGCACAGACUCCUUCCGAUGUUCCUUUGACAUAUGCGCCUAAAGGUUCGGGAUAG